AAUUUGGAAGUGUACAAAGAAGAAACCCAUUUCCGAGUCGAAACGUUAUCGCUCGCUAGCGGAAUAAGAAACCUUUUCAACCUAUUGUCACGUUUCGGUGUUGGUUUUAAAGAACAUCUUAAGACUGUGGUGGAGUCUAGCGACUUGAAUUUUGUGUAGCCCACAAGACCGCCGCUACCCAUCUCUGCCUUCAAAAUGAAGAAAAAGGUAUCCGAGAAAAAUCGCCAUGUGGUAGCGUGGCUCAACAAAGCUGAAUGGGAUCAAGUACGAGAAUAUCUUUACUCCAAAGAUUCCAGUCUACAGAAGAAUGCCCUUAAUAGGAUUUCGGCAUGGAAAGCAAGGUACGCCAACAGUACUCCUGUGGCAAUGGACUGCAGCGCCGACUUGGUGAGGUGUCAGGUGCUGGACCGUUCCGAAAAGCUGGACUCUCAUGAACUGGUUCUGCUUUAUGGAACGGCCCUGGUGAGAUUUACUAACCUGAUCACCGAACGCCAGCAAGGAAAAAUGUCCCGGUCGUUAAGGAGACUGGCCGGGAACUUGAACAUCCCAGAAUGGAUCGUAAACAUUAGGCAUGAAGUCACCCAUCGAAAACUCCCUGCGUUGAAAAUGUGUCGGAAGGCAUGCGAGGUGGUUCUGGAGUGGCUCCAGCAGGAAUAUUGGUCCAGACAGUUGGGAGGUGUGCCCAGUGGAGACUUGGACGCACAGUCUGAUGGAGAGGAUGCAGAGAUGGACAUGAAACAGCAAGAAGACAAGCUGAUUGCAAGGCAAAAAGAAAUGGAAGCUUAUAAGAAUGCAAGGGAACUUUUGAUCUCUUACGAAAAGGAGCAGUAUGAUGCUUGUGGGGGCGUACGUGAAGAAAAAAGGCUAGACCCUUUGGCGGAUAUGAGCUGGAUACUCGGCGAGAUAAAACAUUUUUCUGUUGAGUUUGCCGAGUUGCUUAUUGAGGUCCUCUUGGAAGAUGGCUUCCUUGUUCCAACAGCUGAACAAUUGUCAUCAUUAGCCUGUGACACCUCAGAGAGUGACUGGUUUUGUCCCACAAAGCCCAAACUCCCUCCAACUUUCCUGCGUUUUUGGCUCCCCCUUCUGAAAACGCUUAACUCGCCCACCUUCAUCCAUCUCUUCCUGGAGAGACUCUUUGCUGAACUGAAGCUUAACACCUGCGAGCAGAGCAAACACAGGAUGUACUACACUUCUGGGUGGAUCUCGGAAGUAAUGCUCUGUAACAGCAACAAAAAUGAUUAUCACUUUGAAACAAAGACACAGAGGAAAGCUAGGUUGAAGGACAGAAUUUUUGUCAACCGCAUCCAGCUGAUGUGGCAGCAGCUUCUGUCCGCCUGCUUGGAUGCUCCCUGUGCUAGUACGCCUUACCUGCUCCAAUUAGUCUUGGAGGACAUGGAGCAUCCUCUUCCUCUGGAAACCCAGCAGAGGCUGAUGCAACUCUGCUCCAUCUACACUCAGACAGAACCUUCUGAUCCAGACACAGAGCAGGAAAAGCGGCCUAUUUACACACUGGAGAGUUUGCAUGAGAAACUGCAACGUUCAAAGCGCCACGGCCAUUCGGAACCGCAGAAGCGAACAGCAGAAGACAACAAAUGGUCAGAUGCUGAGGUGGAGAAAGCAAAAGUGCUCCGGGGUUCCCCGUGGCAAGUGUGCUUUGAUAAAGUUUUGUGGAGAAAUUUCCCUCUUGGAAAAGUCCCCGGCCAAUCAGAUGAGCCCUCGUGCCUGAUGCUGGACAAUUAUUCGACUAUGACCGUGUCUGACCAGCCAGCGGAGAUGGAGAGCAGCACGGCGCAGAACGUCUCGGGACUUUCUGCUUCCACGAGGACAGCUGAUGGUUUUCUUUGGAGCCACAGUGACCUCAGCAAGCUCAAAACUGGACUGCAACUUUUUUGAGUCUAAUGUCAAAUAUACAGGCUGGUUGUUAAAAGCA